AGCGUCAGAGGUAUCACGUGAAUAUCACGUGGAAGGGCAAUUUCAACCUCAUCUUUAGCCGUUUCUACCACGUAUCUUUCUGCAAACAGCAUCGUAAUGAGUGGAUAGCAAUUCUGCCUUCGCAAAUACGUCAGUGCAAAGUGGUGCGCAUUGCAACUGGAUUGAUUGGGGUGUGGAGCCAGCUCGGCCGUGACAGUUCGCCCACACAAGUGCAGCCGCAUGCAAACCUGAAGAUUGAAAAAACACAUGGUCGCAUCUCUUCUAAAAUGGCACCAAGCAACGUGGAUGAACCAUCGACGGGUAACAAUGGCGAUAAGACGCCCAUCCCUACCCCCUUGCAACAAGACGACCAAAUUGUCAUUGCUGCGGGUGCUGCCCCUGUCGUUACCGCUGUGCCAGCCGCGUCAAGUCCAGCACCCAGCUCGACCGGAUCCCAGGCCCGUCCCUACGUGCCUCAGUUCUCAGCCGCUACCGAGAUGAUCCUCAAGCGCAUACGCCAAGGGGAGACGAGCAGCAUCAACAGCGCCAUUGCCACCGCCUCGGCCGCAGGUGCAAUCAAGCAGUCCACCUACGAAGACGCCAAGAGGCGCCUCGUCAUGAACAUGAACACCACGCUGACCAUGCCCAUGCCCACCGUUGCUGUCCCCCUUGCUGCACCUUCAGCGCGCCUGUCAUCGUCUUCGUCUUCUGGUCUGCUCACGAGUCAGAGCGGUCUGGGGGUAUCAGCAACGGGCUCGGGCAACGUUGCUGCUGCGAGAGCUGGCCUCCAACCCGUCAAGAAGCGAGGACCAGGCAGACCUCCCAAGCCGGGCGGCCCCAAGCGCAAGCGCAUCAAGGAACAGGACGAUGCAUCGGAGCCCGAGGAAGUUGACGAUGACGACACCUACCAGGACCAAUCCACCCCCACCAUGACCAAGUCGGGCCGCCACAUCCUCAAGCCCACCCAGUACAAUCCGGCCACCGCCGCAGCGCCGGGCAAGCGGAAGCACUACAGCAAGAGGACACCCGAGCAGGCACUCUGCAAGGUGUGCACCCGAGGACUGAGCCCACUGAAGAAUCAAAUCGUCUUUUGCGACGGCUGCAACUUCUGCUGGCACCAGCUGUGUCACGACCCUAUUAUCGACGAUGAGUUUGUUAGCGAUGAGACUCGCUCUUGGUUUUGCCGCAUGUGCGCGUCCAAGAGGGAGAAACAUGCGGCCAAGAAGAAGUCGGUCGAUAUUAUUAGGGCGGUGAGUUGGGCGGCCAAGAGUGCGGACCAGAAACGGGCAUACCUGUCCAGCCUUCCCCAAGGACAGCUGGUCAACCUCGUCAUGUACAGCCUUGAGCUCCACCCCGAUCUUCCUGUCUUCCCCGCCCAGGAUCCCGGCGCAUCCUUGAAACGGCCUGGUUCCUCCACUAUAUAUGCAGGAUCGGGUGCCUCCGAGGGCUUAUUUAUUGGACCUGAGCCAAGCCCCGGGAGCGGCCCUAUCAACUUUAGCCACUCGGUAGCAAACCCUGAUACCCCCUACCUGUCCAACGGCCGCUCGGACGGUGGAAACCGGAUAUCGAGCACCAAGGCCGAAGCCGACGCACAACAAGCCACGCGCGAGUCCUCAACCGAUUCCGUACCGCCCGCCUGGCCUAAGGUCGGACAUGGCGUUUUGGCAGGUCUCAGAAUGAGUGAGGAGGACCUGCAGGAUAGGUCCGAUUUUGAGUCGUUCAGUGUGGCGACUUAUAAUGCUGCCGGACACAAGAUUAUGGAGAAUGGCAUACCUGUUGCGAAUGAAGCUUGACAUCCAUCCUCCUGGCAGUGGGAAAGGUACCAGCCUCACAACCUUCGAAUUCGCAAGGGUUACGAAUUGCAGAGGCUCCAGUUUCUCCAGCCCGUCGGCCGGAUUUGCUACCUGUUAGCGCUGUGACGCCAGCCAGUCUCCAGCGAUAUAUUCGCAUUGAUAUCCGGUAUCAUCAUUCGAACCAAGAUAAAGCCAUUCAAUUACCUCGCGUGGUUUCGCUGCGUUGUCAUUCAGUGAACGCUUAAGUACAUGGCCAAGCCUACCAUGCUAGUCG